GAUUAAUCGCUUUUACAGUUCAUACCUUGUCAUCAACACGCGUUUCGUAUACAAGUUGAUAUCUUGCCUUCUUCUUCUUCUUCUUCUUCUUUUAUGCUUAUUUGCUUGGUGUCACAGUCAGAUCUGCAUCCGGUUUCUCGUGGGGCGCACAUCCAAACAUUCUCUUCGAUUUUGUGACAAUUAGAAUUUACUGUGUGGAAGGGGUGCUUCAAUAUUGAUCUGGGUGCCUGUUGCAGUAUUUCACCUUUGGACUUUGGUGUUUUGAUAUCUUUGUGAGCAAGAGAGCUUAGUGAGUUUGAGCAAUUGGUUCUGAGAGGAAGUUGCUGGUUGGGGCUAGAUAUGGCCUCUCAUGAAGGGAGGCGGCGUCAUCACGAUCUUGUACCUCUUGCUGUAUUGCUUACCAGAGAGAUGAAGAAUGAGAAGAUGGAGAAGCCCACUGUGAGAUACGGGUCUGCUGCUCAGUCUAAAAAAGGGGAGGAUUACUUUCUAAUUAAGACUGAUUGUCAGCGAGUUCCUGGGAAUUCUUCAUCAUCAUUUUCUGUAUUCGCGAUCUUUGACGGGCACAAUGGAAAUGCUGCAGCCAUUUAUAGUAGGGAGCAUUUGUUAAAUCAUGUGUUGGGUGCUCUCCCUCGAGGUAUUGGACGAGAGGAGUGGCUGCAAGCUUUACCUCGGGCAUUGGUUGCUGGGUUUGUGAAGACUGACAAGGAAUUUCAGAGAAGAGGAGAAACUUCUGGAACCACUGCCACGUUUGUGAUAGUGGAUAGGUGGACUGUGACAGUUGCGUCUGUUGGAGAUUCCCGUUGUAUACUAGAUGCACAAGGUGGUGCUGUUACCAACUUAACUGUUGAUCACAGACUUGAGGAAAAUAUAGAAGAGAGGGAACGUGUUACAGCAAGUGGAGGUGAAGUUGGGAGGCUUAGCAUUGUUGGUGGUGCUGAGAUUGGUCCCCUUCGUUGCUGGCCUGGUGGUCUAUGCCUUUCUAGGUCAAUAGGAGACAUGGAUGUUGGGGAGUUUAUAGUUCCAAUACCAUAUGUUAAACAAGUGAAGCUAUCAAAGGCUGGUGGGAGGCUUAUAAUUUCUUCUGAUGGCAUCUGGGAUGCUCUGUCGUCAGAAAUGGCUGCAAAAUCUUGUCAUGGUUUGCCUGCUGAACUUGCUGCGAAGCAGGUUGUGAAGGAAGCACUAAGGACAAGGGGGUUAAAGGAUGAUACAACUUGUAUAGUAGUUGACAUAAUUCCACCUGAUAAUGGAUUGCCGCCGCCACCUCCCCCCAAGAAGCAGAACAAGUUGAGGGCUCUUUUGUUCAGGAAGAGGUCCCAUGAUUCUGCUGGUAAGCUGUCAAAAAAGCUUUCGGCUAUAAAUAUAGUGGAGGAACUGUUUGAAGAAGGAUCAGCAAUGCUUGCUGAAAGAUUAGGAAAUGAUGUCAACUCGGGGCAAUCAACAUCUGGCAUAUUCAUGUGUGCUGUAUGCCAGGUUGACCUUGCUUUAAGUGAGGGCAUCUCGGUCCAUGCAGGUUCCAUUUUCUCCACCAGCUCGAAGCCCUGGCAAGGUCCUUUUCUAUGUGCUGAUUGUCGCAAUAAGAAGGAUGCUAUGGAAGGAAAACGUCCUAGUGGAGUUAAAGUGUCAUAGGUUGUCAAUUGUUUUACUCCUAUUCUUUAUGCCCACAUUCUUUUUCUUUUCUUUAAAUGUGUUUUUAGUUGCCAAGUAAUUGUUUCAAUUCACUAUCAAGUAGCACUAGAUGUAUAUGUGAUAUCCAAUAACACGCUUAAACUGGGCAUUGUGUUUUGAGUAACAAAACAAAGGCUGGCAAAGAGCCUGGAAGGUUAAGA